AUGUCUGUCUCAGUGUCAGGCUCGAGGUGCAGGGCGCAUGCUCUAGUAUCUCAGCCCCAGCCGCUGGAGCUGCUGCUGGGGGCUCAGUUUAAUAAGAGAGAGAGAGAGACAGGGACAGGGGGGGAAAGACAGAAAGAGAAUGUCCGCCAUCUACCCUCCUCUCCUGGGCGCACUCUCCAUCACAGCGGCUUCUUCAUGAAUUAGAGCUAAGGGGGUGGGGUGGGGGACAAAAGUACAUACCCCAGCAAACCCCAGGGCCCCCAGGCAUGGCCAGUUCGUGUGCCGUUCAGGUGAAACUGGAGCUGGGGCACCGAGCCCAGGUUAGGAAGAAACCCACCGUGGAGGGGUUUACCCACGACUGGAUGGUGUUUGUUAGAGGACCCGAGCACAGUAACAUUCAGCACUUUGUGGAGAAAGUCGUCUUUCACUUGCAUGAAAGCUUCCCUAGGCCAAAAAGAGUGUGUAAAGAUCCACCUUACAAAGUUGAAGAAUCUGGGUAUGCUGGUUUCAUUUUGCCAAUUGAGGUUUACUUCAAAAACAAGGAAGAACCGAAGAAAGUCCGCUUUGACUAUGACUUAUUCCUGCACCUUGAAGGCCACCCACCUGUAAACCACCUCCGCUGCGAAAAGCUCACAUUCAACAACCCAACCGAAGAAUUCAGAAAAAAGUUGCUGAAGGCUGGAGGGGAGCAUGUUCAGCAGGAAAGUGGGAUGAGUGCUGUCAGCAGUGCCGAGAACCUCAUCAAACUCUUCGUAGAACAGAUCAUGGUAAUGUCAGAUGGCACAUCAGUCCCUUCGGGACAGAGCCUUCAUCUCCCCAACCUUCCCAGUAACUACUCCCUGUCUUCUUCUGAAGUGAAGAAGAAAUCAUCUCAUGGGCCAAAGGACCCCAAUAAGAAUAUAAACGCAAACAGCAGCAGCAGUAGUAACAGUUUUUCAAAGCCCCAUAAAUUAACAAAGGAGCACAAGGAAAAACCGUCUAAAGACUCAAAAGAACAUAAAAGUGCCUUCAAAGAACCUUCCAGGGAACACAACAAAUCUUCCAAAGAAUCCUCUAAGAAACCCAAAGAAAACAAACCACUGAAAGAUGAAAAAAUUGUUCCUAAGAUGGCCUUCAAGGAACCCAAACCCAUGUCCAAGGAGCCAAAAUCUGAAAAUAGCAUCCUUACUAUAACAGGUGGACAGCAGCAAGAAAAGAAGGCCCCUACAAAAAGGGCCCCCACUACAGAUUCUGAGGAACUUACUGCCAAAAAAAGGAAAAAAAGUAGUUCGGAGGCUUUAUUUCGAAGUUUUUCUAGUGCUCCCUCCCUGAUACUUACUUGUUCUGCUGACAAAAAACAAAUAAGGGAUAAAUCUCAGCUUAAGAUGGGGAAGGUCAAACUGGAAAGUGAGACACUGGAGAAGAAAAAAGCUACUUUACCACCAUUUGAUGAUAUUGUGGAUCCCAAUGAUUCUGACAUGGAGGAAAACAUGUCCUCCAAAUCUGAAUCUGAACAGCCUAGCCCUGCCAGUUCAAGCUCAAGUUCCAGCUCCAGUUUUACACCAUCUCAGAACAGCAGACAACAAGGUCCCUUGAGGUCUAUAAUGAAAGAUCUGCAUUCUGAUGAUAAUGAAGAUGAAUCAGAUGAAGCAGAUGAGAAUGAGAAUGACUCUGAAAUAGAGAGACCUGUGAAUACUCGUGGAGGAAGUAGAGGUCGCAGGGUUAGUCUAAGUGACGGUAGUGACAGUGACAGCAGUUCAGCUUCCUCACCGCUACAUCAUGAACCUCCACCACCUUUAUUAAAAACCAACAACAAUCAGAUUCUAGAAGUGAAAAGUCCAAUAAAACAAAGUAAAUCUGAUAAACAAAUAAAGAAUGGUGAUUGCGAUAAGGCAUAUCUCGAUGAACUAGUAGAGCUCCACAGAAGAUUAAUGACAUUGAGGGAAAGGCAUGUACUGCAACAGAUCGUAAACCUUAUAGAAGAAACUGGACACUUUCAUAUCACAAACACAACCUUUGACUUUGACCUUUGCUCACUGGACAAAACCACAGUCCGUAAACUACAGAGUUACCUGGAAACAUCUGGAACAUCCUGAGGAUACAGCAUCUGGCUGCAUCAAAAACUGUUUUUUAAAUAAAACAUUCAAAGUGAUGCAACCAAAAUGGAAAAAAAUAAACCAACCCUCUUCAGCUUUAUUUUUCUUUAAAGCCAGUCAUCAUCUCUUGAUAAAGGAGAGGAAAAGUGACAAGACUCAGAGGAUCGCUCUUCUCACCAAGGAAAUGUUCUGGAAGAGUUAGCCUGGAUAGCCUUGAAAAAAAAACCACACAAAAAAAACACAAAAAAACUUGUUCUUAAUGAAUGUGUAUGGUAUCAUGUAUCUCUCUGUGGUGUUCCAGUCCACAAGACGAAUGCAUGUUCAACACACUGCCUUAUUACAUAACUGAUCUAUUUAUUAUUGCAUACAUAUAUUCUAAAGUCAUUGAGGGAAUGACACUACCAGAUGUUACAAGUACUCGGUUUCCCUGUAUGCUCCUUUGAUGCAGCACCAUCACAAGCCUAGUAACCUUACUCAUGUUAAAAUGCCACUUAUUGCUGACUUUCUCUAGUCACUUAAAACACUAUAGUCUUGUUUCCACUUCUGCAGUUCCAGGAAACAAGGUACGAAGUGGGGGACCAAAAAGUGGCCCUAAUAUUUGUCUCCAGUCUGCCACAGUGGGUUGGACCACAGGUCCUUGGUUCUAUCCAUUUAUUGAUCUUAGACCUAUGGUAAAAAAUGCACCAAAUAGGAUCCUGUGACUUGCUGUCUAGCCUUAGUCAAUAAACCAGUAGGACUUGUAACAAAAAAGUGUUACUGUGUACUGUUCUGAAUCCAGCAUUGUUUGUCAUCAACAUUCUUGUGUCUGUUUUAAUGUUAUAAUAUUAGAUAUAUAUAAAAGUGAAGGUGUUCUACAGGAUCACCAUAAAAGGAAGAAUACUGGUCCUGUUUUCUAAGGAAAUGUUGUAGAAAAUUCUUAAAUUGGAGCUAUUUAUUACUGCGAGUUUCAAUACUCUUCUGCUGCCAGUAUGUGACAUACCUUUACCAUAAAAACUGUUGGCAUAGUAUUUUUGUUUGUUCAUACAGUACAUGGUCUGCUUAGACUUUUUUUUUACAUCUGAUAAAUUAAAAUCCUUUCUUUGAAAAAAUAUCUUCGUCGUUAUACAGUGACAUGUUAGAAUAUAUAUAUAUAUAUAUAUAUAUGUGUGUGUGUAUAUAUAUAUAUAUAUAAAUAAAAUGUGUGGUUAUAGGUUCCAAAUUUCAGUACCUGUUGAGUAAUCUGCUUGCGUUUCCAGAAGGAUUUCUUGUCUGUGAAAACAAAUGUUCUUCCAUGUACACUUCCUUAAAAUGAGGACUAUUUCGCAUACCUGUGCAAUCCAGAGAAUUUACAAAUAGUUUAAAAUCAAUGAUCUGUGAUCUCAUUAUGAUGAUUUAAUUAUGAAACAGUCACCUCUUUAUGGGAAAUUAAAGUCUUGACCCUGAUGAAAAGAGAAUGCAAUUAAGAAAUACUUCUGGAUCCGAAGGUUUGUUCAGCCUUAAGAAAACGUGUUUGCAGAGAGGCCAGUAUAUUUCCCAUGUAUGCUUACAUGCCAGAUGUAGUAUAUUCAUACACAGUUGAACAACGGUAGUAUCUGUAUGUUUUAUUGUUUCAUGUACAUGGUUUUGUGCAGUACAGUGAAACUAGAUUCCUGCUGGGGUUAUUUCUUCAUAUUCAAAUGGGAAUUAUUAACACUGUUUCUUUAAGUCCAAAGAAAGUCGUAUAUUUUAUUUGGGGGUUUUUUCAGUUUUUUAAAUUUAAAAUGUUGUUUAACCAUACUCCCAUGGAAAGUCUCUUUCAGGCUUCCAAAAGAACAAGUGUACUUUUUUCAGUAAUGUUAUGACUCUUAUUGACGAUUGGCAUGAAACAUACUUGAAGCAUUAUGUUGUUAAGUCCACGUCUCAAUGUGCAAUUGUUGGGGAAAACGUCUUUAAAAAUCAUUUUGACAUUGGGAGGAUGAUGAUGGGAGGGUGGGGGAGGCAUGUUGGGGGGGUGGGGUUAAUUUUUGUCAACAUUUUAUAUGAAAAUGUUUUGAACUCUAAAAGCAAUCUUUAAAAAAGUCAUUGAACUAAUAGUGCACAUUCAACUUACUACCUUUUUAGUUAAAUCCGAUACAUGUGGAGUCUGGUCCAUUUUGACUUUUCUAACUAAAUUUUGUGGUAAAAACUCUUGAGCUUCAGGAGGGGAAGGGAACCCAAGAUUUCUUCUAGCGUGAAUUGAAUAUCCUGCUGUUUUAAAUAACUGGUGAAAUAAGUCAUGUUACCCAUAAAAAUACUAGCCAACUUCUAUUGUACAUAUGAAUGGAGGUGGAAGGGUAGGGAAGCCCAUAUAAAAGGGAGACUAUUGCAAUAACAAUAUAACUUUACCUCUGAAUUUCAUAUAAAUCCUUGAUCAUCCUUAAAUAAAAUAUUAGUGCUCUACUUUGAUAAGAUUGGGAAAUAAACAGACUGCAGCUGCAUUUUGUGUGUGUUAACUGUAAAGUGAGUUUUCCACAAAAUUCUGAUAGAAUAAGAGUCACUAAGCAUUGAUCUCUUUAAAAAAAAAACAAAGUUUUACAUUAGCUAUUUUCAUCCAAUUUUGUAUGCAGAAACAAAAUAAAUCCUUUUUCAA